GACUGUUUCCAAUAAACACUCGACUUCAAAGUAAACACUGAAUAGUUUUAAAAUAUUGACUAAAGUAGUGGUCCAAUGGCUAUUUGUUAAAUUCUUCCGUAAAGUAUCCCCAAUCCGGGUCGAGAAAACCGCUCCUUUAAGGUUCAAUUAGGGUUUCUAUUUCCGAAAAUUUCAAGUUGGCAGCUAAGCAAUGGAGGAAACUGAACCAGUAGCCAACGAAGCAUUAGCAAUGGCGGAGAAAGAAGAAACCUCCGUGGAGAAAAUAGAGGUGGAAGUUCAAGCCGCCGAUGAUGCGGCGGAAAGCGGCGGCUCAAAGCGGCCAAGGCAGGAGGAAGACAAGCCGGAGGAUGAAGAGAAUGGAGAUAAUACGAAGAAACCGAAAGUCGAGCCGUCUGUGGAAGAGGAAAAGGAAAACGGGUCGGAUCCGGUUAGUGUCGGGCCGAAGAGUUUUGCUUCCUCACUGGAGAUGUUUGAUUACUUUUGCAAACUCCUUCAUUCUUGGUCUCUCAAUCUCAAUCUCAACAAGUAUGAGCACUUGAUGUUGCUUGACUUAAUUAAGAAGGGCCAUUCAGAACCAGGAAGGAAGAUUGGUACAGGAGUCCGUGCUUUCCAAAUCCGAUAUCAUCCAAAAUUCAAGAGUCGCUGCUUCUUUGUUGUUAGGGAGGACGAUUCUGUGGAUGAUUUUAGUUUUAGGAAGUGUGUUGAUCAGAUACAACCUCUUCCAGCGAACAUGCAAACAAAACAUUAUGCUAGCGGUGGAAAAAGUGGUGGUGGUGGAGGAAGAGGAGGUGGAUAUGGGCGUGGCCGUGGAAGAGGAGGGAGGUCAAGAUAGUGAAACAAUCAACAGUAGUAGAUUGCCAAUUUCUUCUGAUCAGUCUUUUCAAGUUUUGUUUAAUCCAAAUUUUGGUUAUUUAAAUCUACUUCUCUGUAAUGUUGACAUAAUGUUUUUGCUGGUUAGAGUUUUCGCAGCAACAUGCCAA